CUUUGUCUCUCGAUUUCCACACAAGCAUGUGUCAUAUGAUUUGAGGGAAAGUGAAACCACACAAGUGUUGCAAGUGUGUGUUUAUGGUAUGUGUGAGUCACGGCGAAGGAGCGAUUGAGACAGAACAGGCUGUAUUUAGGGAAUGUAUAGGAACGAAUUCUACAGCGUUGAGAGACAUUUAAGUUGUUAUCUGUGUUUUUCAACACAAAGAAUUCAUUCAUUCGGCUCUGUGAUCUUCACUUGCUGUAAUCUUGUCACAGUGCUAAAGAUCCAAGCGAGCUGACAAGAAGGCACCCCCUGUCUGCUAGCUUCAUUCAAGUGUUAACCACAGACGCCCCUUAUCCCCAAUUUGACAGAUCUCUUCUUCAUCUUCCAUAGGCCGGGGCAUUCUUUGGAUUGUCUCCCUCUGGCAUGGCAGGGAGAAGGACAUGAGUGCCAUGCUGCUGUAAUUACAUUACCGACAGCUUAGCAGCGCAUUUGCCACUGACCCAAUUAUUCCUUGAAAACAUGCAUUUUAUUGUGUCCAUUCAAAUAAUGCAAUCUUUGAGUGACAACAAGAGCUUGGCUGAUGUUUGAGGACUGGACUCUAGUGUACGAUGCACUCAUUGGAGUAUACAUAACAGCUCAGGAAUGGCUUUGACAGACUGGGGAAUUCAUUCUUGGCUUUGCAGUUCGCUUUCAAAGUUUGCCUCAAACAGGUUAAUGAUCCUCCCUGGACUGUUUUCACUCUGUUGGUAGCACUUCAGGUGACGGCUGACUGACAGCAAAACAUCAGGUGUACUUUCUCAUACAUACCUCAUAUUCAUUUUCAAACCCACUAGGACCACACAAUAUUUUAAAGAACUGUCAUAAAUGCAAACAGGAUCCUUUUCUUCUCGUGAUAAGUUGGUUUUCUGUUUGUUUUGGGCCUCACUCUUUCGACUAGCCGUUAUCUCAAAACACAGGAGCGUGCAUGGGCACAUCAGUCCUGCUGACGUGCUGCGCCUGAAUGGAAGCUUUUUUUGUUGUCUUUUGCAGCUCAUCUGCACUUUUAUGUCUCAUUUUGAGGAUGGCUUUUCCUUCUGCUUGGAGUGUCCUCUGGGAUUCCUCUAUAUCCUCUGCCUUGUUGCUCUCCUCUAUUUGCUGGAAAACAGCAGCAUUUGUCUUUUCAGAGAAGUGGUACGCUCAUUCACAUGUUUCCAUUGCUCACCUAAGAAAACACUGGUGCCUCUUUCCCUAUUCAUAUCUGUUUAUUUAUGAACAUGACAGCAGGGGCCAGUGGUAGAUAUUAAAUAUCUGUGCCAAUUAGUCAUCUGAGACCAUCCCGACAAGCUGCAAAAUGCACCUUGGCAUUUUUAUAGGCGCCAAUCGACUGCAGAUGGGACUAAUGUGUUUCUGAGUGGAGCAAUUACCACAAUCAAAGUGUCUUCCGGGACAUGAGAUCAGCGUUUGAUGACCAGGUUUUGUCAAGCCUCAGAGACCAAGACAUCCAAGAACUCAUUCUUCCUAACAAGCUAAUUGUUUUAUCAAGAUAUGCCAUGGAUCUAACGGCCCACAGGUCUGAAACAGAUAAGUCCAAGGCAGAGUAAUCGGCCCAAACUGACCUAUUAACAGCAUAAGAAAGCAAUGAUCUCAUCCUGUGCCAUAUAUUAUAAUAAACAAGCCCUUUCUAAAUUGAACAUUUAUCCCAAUUAACAGCGAGAGCGGGAGGAUUCUUGGUGUCAGGCGUUGGUGUUGGACUUACAGGAACUAAAUUAGACUUUCAGUGGAGGCCUCUAUCUAUCAUGUCUGGUGAAUAAAUAUAGCUAGUGGAAAUCAGACAUACUGUAUAGGCGGGUAUGAGUAACAUUCAGACGCAGCCGCGGCUCCACAUUUGAUUCAGAUCGACAAUGUCAAAUGAGGUUGUUAGCUGAAAUGUUUGACUUUUAAAUGAAUACCAUUCUUCCCCUUCAUUGUGAAAAGACUGGUUACCACGUCAAACGCGUAUGAAAUUAAGAGUGAUGAGUCAAGCUGUGACUGAUAGGACUGGUUUGACCUGUUUAUACGCUGUUUAUUCCAUUGCAACUCAUGCGUGCAGCGCCUUUGUAUUUUUCCCUUUGCGGUGGCCAAAACUCUGGAGAAAUGUCUGAAUUUGCCUAUAGUUCCUUUUCUGUGCUUUUCUUACUUAACUGUAAAAAUUCCACCAGAAAGCCAAAACGUUCCAACUCUUUACAAUUUUUCAUCGAAAAAAAUCAGUUUAAUGUGAUCUGCAGGAGUAAUCCACGUGCUAAAAGUGCAAACUUCCAGAAGUAAUUCAUUUCAGAUUUUUGUUUUUAAACUAAACUAGACAAGGAUAUGUGAAUUUUGACCCAUUGUAAACACUCAAGCAGCCUGUAUAUGUACACUACAGAAUCCAGUCUGGCAAAACAAUUUGUGAGGCUGGUCUGGAUUUGCUGUUAGUCACUGCCAGUAUACCGUUUCCUGCUCUGGGGAAAUGUUCUGCUCACUGGUGACAUGAUAUGAAAAAGACAAAGAAGUCAGCUUGUAAAACUUCUCAAAUACCUGGGGCAUGACAAAAAGGAAAGAGUUUCAAUGCUCCUCCACGUUCUAAGAUGAAGUUAUGGAAAGGUGCUACUUUUGCCUUCGUGCUCUGUGGUGCAGCCCUGUCCAUCCUCCUUGUUAGAAAUAUGGCCACUGUUGGACAGUUCAAACCUAGGAAAAAUUCUCCAUACACAUCUUCAUCCUCAUCAAGACCAUCUUCAUCGUCAGACUCAACAUUUAAAUCCUCGGCAUUAUCAUCUGCAGAAUCGGCAGCGAUGUCUCAGCAGAUGGGUGGUCUUCAUCGAAGAGCGCGCUCAGCAGACGAGAUGAACUCUCUCCUCUCAGAGUUUUCCAAGAUGUUCCAGAGCUUUACGGAGGGCGAGCUGCAGCAUGUGGUCGGGACCUUGCUCGACAGGAAGAGAAGGAAAAGCCGACGCCUGGGUGACAGUCUGGCUCGAAGGACUAAAAGAGCCCGCAGGCCUAAGCCCUGCUCUGUAAGGGAACUGGAGGUGACAGUGAGUGAACUGGGUCUCGGAUAUGACAGCGACGAGACGGUCGUGCUGCGCUACUGCAGCGGCAAAUGUGUGGCGCACCGGCAAAACUAUGACAUUACCAUGGAGCACAUGGCACGGAUAGGUUUCACGAAGAAGGGCCGAAAGGACAGAGUCAGCAAUGGACCCUGCUGCCGGCCGACCGCCUUCGAAAAGGACUUUUCCUUUCUGGACAACAAGAGCCGCUAUCACACAAUACAGAACGUGUCAGCGAAGCAAUGUGGGUGUGUAUGACCCAAAGAAUUGAACUCAUCACUUAUUCUUGCUGCUCUCAGCCAUGGCUAACUUUGGAAUACAAACUAAUGGAGAAGAAAUACUAGGAAUGUGUUCAUGGCGCAUGGUGGCCUUUUUGUGACAGGAAGACAUUUUGACAACUGUCAACGCAAAAUGGAACCGUAUCACAUGGACAGCAAGGGCUGCGUUUGUAUGGAUUCCAACAAAGGAGACACAAAAAAUGACUAAUCAUACCAAAAACGUUUUUAUUAUCUUUUCUCGCUGUGUAGUAACACUGUAAACUGUGGUGUAACAACAAUGUAGCAACAUUUUUGAGAUAUUUAAGAAGUAGUACCAUGCGUUAGACGAGCAAUGAAGCGAUAGAUAAGAUGGACUAGAUGAUUGCUGUUACUACACAUAAUACCUAUAGAUGUCGACCAGCUCCUCAUUUUGUACUUUACAUGAUUAUAACGGUGACAGUAAGAAACUUCAGAGAGAAAUGAGGACAUUCAAUUCUAAAGUAAUUUUAUAAAUUAAAGAUAGAUGAAAUGCACCAAUGUUAACUUAAAGCUCUGUGCAGGACUUUUGAACCACUGACCUGUAACGAUGUCCGGUGGUAAUGAAUUAAAGGUUGGUUGAGUUGUUGUUAUUACAGGCGGCAACUGUGUGACCUGUUUUCAUGCUGUAUGCAUUAGUGUUACUGAUUGCAGUGUUAUUACACAGGGAAAGGAACUCGUGUUAUUAAAUGCAUUUGACAAUGAAAGAAAAUACUUUUCUAUAGAUCCAGGUUUGAUACCCAGCUUUAAUUAUUGUGUUUUUGUAUUUUGAUGUUGUUUAGAUGAACAAUGAGGACCUGUUUGGAAACACGUACAAAUAUUUCACACUUAAGUUAUUGAAGAGCAUGACAUUUAUUCCAUAUGUUCUCCAUCGAAUUACUCAUCACACUCAGACAAAUUGUCCUGUCAAAUUAUUAUAUACACAAAAAAAUCAGUAUUGUAACAACCCAUAAUCUUUUGGAAUUAUUUUUCCUCAAAGAAUUGCCAAAACACACCUAGUCUAUUCAAAGGCCCAUCAUGAAUUGACAAAUUUUGAUUCAGAAUCAUCUAAAGUCUCACUUUACUGUCCACCCUGUAUGUGAUGUGUGAGUCUUUACACCUGAGAGGUUUUAAGAUAAUCUGAGGCUCAAGUGUGAAGGAAAAUAAUGAUUUAAGUGGGUUUGUUUGUUUCUGCUGACAGAAAACAAGCAAUGAAGUAGAGUCAGGAUGUGGAAAUGUCUUUGUAGCCAUACACCAAACCCUGUUACUUGCUAUGAUUCAACGCCCAAAUUCAGCCUUUUAUUGGCCAAUCAAAUGCCUCCUCAUUGAUUUGCCUGGUAGAGUUUUAGGGGAAAAUAAGCUAUUGGAAUUCAUUAUGAAGCAUUUUUUCACCUUUGAAAAUCUUUAUUGGGUUUUAUGCAACUCUUUGCCUGAAGUACAAUAAAUUAUGUUUUGUUUUUGUUUUUUUCUGAGGAGGUGCAGUGUCGGGCACUGAUGCAGAGCAUCUUUAUUGUAGUUUAUAUUGUAUUUAUUUGGGAAGUAAAUUAUGGUUUUGCAUAUUUAUUUAGAUUACCACACAGAAACGGGACAGCUUAUUAUCAUUAAGCAACUGUGCCAAAAAUGUUUUAUCUAACAUCCUAUAUUGACUGCUGAAUAAACAUUAUUUCAGAGGU